AAUUGUUUAUUAUAUUUUGUGUAAAAAUUUGAGAAAUUUGUAAUGAUUAUAUGAGAUGAGAUGAGAUGAGAUAGUUUGAUUUUGUGUGACCAAAUCAGCCCUAAAUUUCUUUUGAAAUUGACCUUUUCCUUGUAUCUGAGGUGUAAUCCCAAUUUCUUACCAAUGAAAAUUGAUUUUUAUUUAAUACGACCUGACCUAUUGCCUUUGUUUCUAUAUGCAUUAUUUGAAGGUUAUAAGGGCACUAGGAAGAAUUGUGGUUUGUGUAAGUAGCUGCUUUUGGCAAGCUAAUAUAUAAUUUGACUAGGGGUUUGGUAACAGGACAAAUAUAAAUUGAAGGAUGGGUUAUUAUGUGAUUUUUGUGGGUAUCAAAAGUCCAUGGUAUAUUCCCGGUCAGAUGCUGCAUGCUUAUGCCUGUCAUGUGACCGAAGUGUUCACUAUGCUAAUGCCUUAUCCAAACGUCACUCGAGAACAUUAUUAUGUGAAAGAUGCAAUUCACAACCUGCAUUAGUAAGAUGCGCCCAAGAAAGGGUCUCUCUUUGUCAGAAUUGUGAUUGGAUGGGUCAUGGCAGUUCUACCUCAACUUCAACAAAUAAGAGACAAACAAUCAACUGUUAUUCUGGGUGCCCUUCAGCUGCAGAACUUUCUUCAAUCUGGUCAUUCGUAUUAGAUUCCCCUCCUGUGGGUGAAUCUACUUGUGAACAGGAACUAGGAUUGAUGAGCAUAAUGGAGAAUAAUGCAAAAACUGCUUUGGGCCAUUCAGAAAACAACACGAGUCAAAAUAUAUCUAGUUCAGUUGAAUUGAAUACUGUGCACAGCUUGAAGAAGUGCAAUGUUUGGGUUGGAUCCUCUCGGCCUCACAUUCUGGACCAACCGGCUGGUUCUUCAAAUGCAUUCUUGCCCAAGUUAUGCUGUCCUGGUAUAUAAGAUCCUGGACUCAGUCAAGAAGAUGAUCUGUAUGAAGAUUUCAAAAUGGAUGAAGUGGAUUUGAAUAUUGAAAACUAUGAAGAACUCUUUGGUGUAGCUCUCAGUCAUUCUGAAGAGCUUCUUGAAAAUCGUGGCAUUGGUAGCUUGUUUGGGACAAAGGACGUGUCUGCUACUGAUUCCAGUUGUAAGGGUGCAGUUGCUGCUAACGGUUUCUCAGUUGGACUAGCUAAUGCAAUGCAACCAACAUGCAGCACUGCAGCGUCUGCUGAUUCUAUGAUUAGUUCUAAAACUGAACCAAUACUUUGUUUAACGACAAUGCAAGCGCAUUCAAGCCUUCUGUUUUCUGGUCUUACUGGAGAGAGUAGUGCUAGAGACUAUCAAGAUUGUGGGGCUUCUUCAAUACUUCUCAUGGGGGAGCCUCCCUGUUGUCCUCCAUGCCCUGAGAGUUUCUGCCAAUCUACUAAUCGUGGGAAUGCCAUUUUGCGUUACAAGGAAAAGAAGAAAGCACGCAAGUUCGAGAAAAGAGUGAGGAAUGCCUCUCGCAAAACAAGGGCCGAUGUAAGAAGACGUGUUAAGGGGCGCUUUGUCAAAGUUGGUGAUGCUUAUGAUUAUGAUCUAUUGACACAAACCAGAAGCUAUUGAGAGUACGGUUUUAACCAUGCUUAUAAAAGAAUCUCUUGAUGAUCUGUUGGAGGAAUCAGUUAUUGUUACCUAAAGAAUGGAUGACAGCAAUGCAUAUUUCCCUGUGCAAUGACAUACUGUAUUAUUAUAUCUGAGUGGCCUCACUUAGCGGGCAAGAAGAAAGAUUAUAUCUGUGGGGCCUUGGUUUUCUUCAGGAGAAAACGGUCGAUAUAAAAUGCUGGUUUCCGAUGCUUUACCAAUAAGUUGAGGAGCAGAAUUUUGAUCAUCGUCACCAUGAAGGAUUGAUGGCUUUUGACACAACCAACAGAAGACCACAUAGCCCCCUUGAAUCCAAGUUAUGGGCUUUUAUGUCCAUCUCUGCGCAUUUAUCUCGGGAAAGGAGAAGCCUACCAUUUCUCUCCAGCCUAAUUAACGAUCGUUGUAAUCUUUGCUCUUGGUCACUUCUAUAAAUGCAGUAGCCAUGUCAUGGUGGGUGGCUGUACUCACAGAAGCAAUGCAAGGGAUGAAGAUGUUAGCGCUUCCAAUGUUCUCGUUUCUUUUUAAUUCGUAGCGUGGGAUUCAUAUUCACCAAAGAGUAUGAUGUCUGGUGAAAUGCAAUUCCGUGCUCAGGAAAAAAGAAAAAGAAAAAGAAAAAGAAAAACUUGUUCUA